AUGGCGCAACCAUCUGCAAUCACCGGCCACACUGGCUGGCCCGAUGACGACGGCCUUGUUGCUGCACACUGCUCUGCUGCUGCCAUUGCUGCCAUGGCUGCCAUUGCUGCACAACAGGAGGAGCACUUUUCGGCGCGAGAAACGCGAAGUGACGGAGUGACAAGAGCCAGGUGGAUUGGGGUUGCCCGCGCUUGGGCCCUCUCUGACCACACUUGGACUCUCUUGCAAACUGAUCUCAACCUCGCCUGCCCUUGGACCGUCACGCUGAAUUUCUCCUCGCCCGUGGCAUGUUUGACCUCUCUGUCAUUCUUCCGCAACCACGACGAUUCCAUCCCCCAUCCCCGCCACUCAUCCAGCUCCGCGUCGACAUCUACCUUGUGGGCUCGCUUCACCGACGGGCCUGUCCUGCUCGCCCGCGCAGAGCAGCCGCGCCUCGACGACAACGACGACGACGACGACGACGACGACGACAGCCCUCACUCGCCCACUCGCUCGCCCACCCGCCAUGUCGACGCCACCUACCAGCCCAACAUUUCCAAUGCGCAAAUCGCCAACGGCUCUGCUCGCAUAACCAACUCCAUGUACAACAGCGGCUACGCUAGCGCCGCCUCCAGUUCAGACCUCCGCCGAACCGCGACUGCCCACACCAGACAGCCGCCCCAGCUCCCGCCCAUCCACCCCGGCCCUGCCAUCGACAUGGACGGCGAGACGGCUGCCCAGGCUGCCCAUCGUCGGCGCAAUCCCGACUGGGCCGACUUUUACAAGAACGGUAUCCCCAAGGAAGUCAUUGUCAUCGACGACGACGAGGACCCUGCACCUCCUCCACCGGCCUCUGCGCGCCAAUCUGGCCUCACACGCACGGCGACCAACGGCUCUGUGCGACACACGGACAAGAAGCGGAAAACGACGGCCUCGACGGCCUACGACCCGGUCUACAACCAGCAGCAGACCUCGUACUCGACCACCCAGACGCCCUACGACUACUCACCCAACCACUCGAUAUCCACCGACAGGACAACGUCUGCCCUCCACACGACUGCGCCAACCUCAUUGGGCUCACAGGUCAGCAAUGGCCACCACAUCUCUCCACUCGACAACUCAUCCGUAGGCCAGAAACGAAAGCGCACACGAGCCGUUGUCCAGGAUGAGGUGAAGCAGGCCAAACGACGCGAACUCGAUCAUGACGACAAUCCCUUUAGCCUCUACCAACCCCCGCCGAAUCCGAUCAUCAAGGCCAAGGAUGUCUACGUACAAGUGAUACCAGAUAAGUCGUAUAAUAAGGAUGCAAAAGUCGACGAUGAAGAUGGUCACUACAUUGUCGUGCCAGACGCCGAUAUUACUGAACGAUACCAGAUCACGAAGCUGCUUGGCCAGGGCACGUUUGGCAAGGUUGUCGAAGCCUAUGACAGGCGAAAGGGCACCAAAUGCGCGAUCAAAGUCAUUCGAUCAGUCCCCAAAUACCGUGAUGCUAGCCGCAUCGAGUUGAGAGUCCUCUCCACACUAGCAUCAAACGACAAGCACAACGUCAACCGAUGCAUACAUCUUCGAGACUGCUUCGACUUCCGAAAUCACAUUUGCAUCGUCACCGAUCUCUACGGCCAAAGCGUGUUUGACUUUCUCAAGUCCAAUGGCUUUGUGCCUUUCCCGAGCUCGCACAUCCAGAAGUUUGCCAAGCAACUCUUCACCAGCGUUGCCUUUCUGCACGAUCUCAACCUCAUCCAUACCGACUUGAAGCCGGAGAACAUUCUACUGGUCAACAACAACUAUCAAACCUUUACCUAUAACCGGACCGUGCCUUCGUCGUCAACAACAGUCAAUCGCACCGCCCGACACCGCAAGGUCCUACUUGAUCCAGAGAUUCGCCUCAUUGAUUUCGGCUCUGCUACCUUCAACGAUGAAUACCAUUCGUCUGUCGUAUCCACACGACACUACCGAGCUCCCGAGAUCAUCCUCAACCUGGGAUGGAGUUUUCCCUGCGACAUCUGGAGCAUAGGCUGCAUCCUUGUCGAGUUCUUCACUGGCGAUGCUCUGUUCCAAACACACGACAACCUCGAGCACUUGGCCAUGAUGGAGGCUGUGUGCAGUGGCAAGAUUGACCGCGAGAUUGUGCGACAAGUUUAUAAGCAAGAUCGGAGUUCAUCACGCAAUUCGUCCAAUUCUGCUGCGAGAUACUUCAAGAAUUACAAACUGGACUAUCCCAAUGCAGAAACCAACAAGGCCAGCAAGAAAUAUGUGAAGGCGAUGAAGAAGCUUCCUGAAAUAAUACCAACGCACACCGACUUCAACCGACAGUUCCUGGAUCUACUGCGCCGGAUAUUCGUAUACGAUCCCAAGAAGCGUAUCACAGCCAAAGAAGCCUUGCAGCAUCCCUGGUUCAAGGAGUCGCUCAUGGACGAUGGCACCGAGGCCCACAAGAUCCGGCUAGAGAGGGAGAAGAAGGCCAGACGGGUAGAAGAAGAUCGUCGAUUCCGGGAGCAGAACCGAGCCUACUGA